CCAGUUCGUAGUAUGUACCGACUAAAACUACGAGAGAGUACAUCGUCCAAUGGGACAGAGGCGCCCAGUGCAGCCCUAACAACCAGUCAGUAAGCUCUCCGCAGGUUGCUGCUGAGGCAAACUAAACAAACAAAUGCGUUAAUUUCGGCUGGAAGUUACCUGAUGCAGCAGGUGCAAGUUCCCUAUGAAUAGAAAGGAGUUGAUUUACAGCUAAAUAAUUUGGAAUUGCCAGUCCUUUGGGAAUGGAAGAGGCGUCAGAGAAUGCCAACAAGCCCUCUGUAAAGUCAAGUGGAGAGGAAGGGCAAGAUCGACGAGGUGAAGUAAAAGGGAAAAGCGGAUUAAAAGGGUCAAAGCAGAAAUGGCUCAUAUCCUCCAAAACUUUUCAACGUGGUAUUCAAACCGUUAAACCAGCAGUGUGCAACAUUGCUUUAAGCAAUGCAACUGAUCUCACAACCUUCAACGAUCCUUCAGUACAGUCGUCCUGGCUUUUGAAGCUGCCUGUAAACCCAUGUGUGUAUAAUAAUGGUGCCAUAAGAAAGUGGGAAAGAUCUUAUUUUUUCACUGAACAUCUAAGAUUGAAGAAUUACCUGGCUGGACCACCAAGUGGAAAGCACACAAAGCGCCCUCUGACUGCAAAAGACAUUAAUGGGAGGACAGUAUCAGACAAUGGUGAAUUAUUAUUUUCAGCAAAUGGAUUUACAUAUAGCUUGUUACAAAGACCAAAAAGUGCUGUCUCUCUAUGUUCUGAAACUUAUUGGAGCAACACUCAGCUAGAGGAACCAACUAGGCAUACCUCUCUGGGUAUUUCAACUGCUCGUGUACAGACUCGGGAUCAUCAGCAAAAUGAUGGAAAAUCAAACACUGAGGCACUAAACAGUUCUUGUGCAAACCCUGAUGAAGCCAAUACAAAUGUAAUCAAAGAGGAAAUUGGUGGUCCAGAAGAAUCCACUUUGUUGGAUGAGGUGGGGAUUCAAAGUGACAGUUUAUCAUCCACUGGGUCCCUGCAUCUUUACUUGCCCACACAGCAAACAUACGAAAAUAAUAAUGAUUAUGUCAAAGAAACCACUAAAAGGUCUACAAAGAUGGAUUGCAGAAAAGAAGCAGAUUUGGUACAUCCUAUAAAGGAGAAAAGCAACUUACCGGAAAACAAGGCAGAUUUAUCCCUGAAAAAAGACAACCAACAAGAAGGAAGCAGUGAACAAAGUAAUAAAAAACAAUGGAUUUCCAGACCAUAUACUGCACCACAUACUUGGAAAUCUAUUUGUGGUCAUCCUAUUGCUGUGCAUAAACAAACCGUGACUAAGCAUAUUUUGCCAGCUGCAACAGUUGCUGUCCACUUUUCAAACCAAGGCAAAAGAAGAAGCCAAGUAAAGGGGCCAAUCACUGAUAGAAGUGCAAAGAAAUAUCCCAGUGAAAAGCUAAACAUGGAUUUAAUGUUUGUUGGUCUGGAAGAGGGAAGCACUGCUGGGAACAAACUAAUAGAAAUUAAAAAAUGCUCUAAUGCAUUGUGCCGAUCAGACACAAACUAUUAUGAGCGAAGUUUGUUGUUUACUGAAGGUGCAAUGUGCUUCAAAGUCAAAACAACAAAAACAUUAGAAUUUACACUGAAAGGACUUAGGGAGUCUAAAGUUGUCUCUGUCAUCCAGCCAGGUGUUCCAAACAGACCAACUGCAAGACCAUUCAGUGCCUCUCCUAAAAAAGUUGUACAGUAUUCAAGAUGAUUGUUAUUUUGAAAAUUAUCUAACCUAUUUAUUAAAGUGCACAGCCAUAUACUUAAAAUGUUAGCACUCAUCGAACAUGGAUGUAAAUAUUCCUUUUACUAAUUAUAGACAUGCUCACAAAGCACUUGUCUUGAUUGUUAUAGAAAUAAUGUUUUGAGAAUGUCUGUGAAAAACAUACUUUAUCCGUGAAGUGAUUAUCAAUGAGGUACGGUUGGUAGGUUUCUUGCUGAGGCAGAGUUUACUAAAUGAAGGUCUGCAUGGUUCAUUUGCUUUCUAGUAGGUUUUGUACACACUUAUCCUGUGUCUUUCUAUUUUUCUUGUACUUCCUGUAUAACAUUAAAAUCAUGAAUUAAAAUUGAGUUUCUAAAGCA